AUGAAGAAGCUGUGUGAUUUCACUCUCUCCUUCUUGCUCCUGAAGUUUUCUCUCAUCUUGUGCACUUCGACUGAACCUAGUUGUUUUUGGAGAAUACAGAAUAAUGAAGAUAAUAAUGGAGAUUUGCGAGGUGACUGUGGUUUUGUUCUUCUCACACAUGAGGGACCUAUAGAUGAAAAAUUUUAUAAUUAUGUUAUCAAUUUUAGAAUACCAGCAAGAAGAUAUGAAUAUUUUUUGGUAAUGUUUUUUGCUACUGAUGAGAUCAACAAGAAUCCUUAUCUUUUACCCAACAUGUCUUUUGUAUUCUCACUCAUUGCUGGCAUGUGUGAAGAUACAUUGGGAUUUAUUGAUAAAAGGCAUUCACCACAAAAAUAUGCUUCAAAUUUUCUUAAUUAUAACUAUGGAUUACGGAAAAGAUGUGAUGUAGUACUUACAGGACCAUCACAGACAAUAUCUGUAAAACUGGCAAUUAAUUAUAGGAGACCAAAGGUUUUCUUUGGACCAUUUAAUCCUAACCUGAGUGACCAUGACCAGUUCCCAUGUAUCUAUCAGGUAGCAACCAAGGACACACAUUUGCCCCAUGGCAUGGUCUCCUUGAUGCUUCAUUUCAGAUGGAAUUGGAUAGGACUGGUCAUCUCAGAUAAUGACCAGGGUAUUCAGUUUCUAUCAGAAUUGAGAGAAGAAAUGCAAAGACGGGGAAUCUGUUUAGCUUUUGUUAAUAUGAUCCCAGAAACCAUGCAGAUAUACAUGACAAGGGCUAAGAUAUAUGACAAACAAAUUAUGGAAUCAACAGCAAAGGUUGUUGUCAUUUAUGGUGAAAUGAACUCUACUCUAGAAAUCAGCUUUAGAAGAUGGCAAGAUUUAGGUGCACAGAGAAUCUGGAUCACAACCUCACAAUGGGAUGUCAUCAUAAAUAAAAAAGAUUUCAGCCUUGAUUUCUUCCAUGGGACUGUCACUUUUGCACACCACAAUGACAGGAUUGCUAAAUUUAGAAAUUUUAUGCAAACAAUUAACACUGACAAAUACCCACUAGAUAUUUCUCAUACUAUACUAGAGUGGAACUAUUUUAAUUGUUCGAUCUCUAAGAAUAGCAUUAGCAAAAUGGAUCAUUUUACACUCAACAACACUUUGGAGUGGUUAGCAAAGCACAAAUUUGACAUGGUGCUGAGUGAAGAAGGUUACAAUUUGUAUAAUGCUGUGUAUGCUGUGGCCCACACCUACCAUGAGCUCAUUCUUCAACACGUAGAGUCUCCAGAAAUGGCAGAACCCAAAGGAAUAUUCUUUGACUGUCAGAAGGUGGCUUCCUUGCUGAAGACCAUGGUCUUUACUAAUCCCCUUGGAGAACUGGUGAACAUGAAGCAUAGGGAAAAUCAGUGUGCUGAGUAUGAUAUUUACAAAAUUUGGAAUUUUCCACAAGGCCUUGGAUUAAAAGUGAAACUAGGAAGUUAUUUUCCUUGUUUCCCAUAUAGCCAACACCUUCAUAUGUCUGAAGACCUCGAGUGGGCCACAGGAGGAAUAUCAAUGGGUAUACCACAAUUUACAUCCUUUUCAGUUCCCUCCUCCAUGUGUAGUGUAACAUGCACUGCUGGACUCAGAAAAAUUCAUCAGAAAGAGACUGCAGACUGCUGUUUUGAUUGUGCCCAGUGCCCAGAAAAUGAGGUUUCCAAUGAGACAGCAGAUAUGGAGAAAUGUGUGAGCUGUCCAGAUGAUAAGUUUGCCAACAUAGAGAAAACCCACUGCCUCCCAAGAGCCGUGUCAUUCCUGGCUUAUGAAGAUCCAUUGGGGAUGGCUCUAGGCUGCAUGGCCCUGUCCUUCUCAGCCAUCACAAUUCUAGUACUAGUCACUUUUGUGAAGUACAAGGAUACUCCCAUUGUGAAGGCCAAUAACCGCAUUCUCAGCUACAUCCUGCUCAUUGCUCUAGUCUUCUGCUUUCUCUGCUCAUUGCUCUUCAUUGGACAUCCCAACCAGAUCACCUGCAUCCUGCAGCAGACCACAUUUGGAGUAUUUUUCACUGUGGCUAUUUCUACAGUGUUGGCCAAAACAAUAACCGUGGUCAUGGCUUUCAAGCUCACUACUCCAGGAAAAAGGAUGAGAGGGAUCAUGAUGACAGGGGCACCUAAGUUGGUCAUUCCCAUUUGUACCUUAAUCCAACUUGUUCUCUGUGGAAUUUGGUUGGUAACAUCUCCUCCCUUUAUUGAAAGAGAUAUAAAGUCUGAACAUGGAAAGAUUGUCAUUCUUUGCAACAAAGGCUCUGUCAUUGCCUUCCAAGUUGUCCUGGGGUAUUUGGGCUCCUUGGCUCUGGGGAGCUUCAUUGUGGCUUUCCUGGCUAGGAACCUUCCUGACAGAUUCAUUGAAGCCAAGUUCCUAACUUUCAGCAUGCUGGUGUUCUGCAGAGUCUGGAUCACCUUCCUCCCUGUCUACCACAGCACCAGGGGAACAGUUAUGGUGGUUGUGGAGGUUUUCUCCAUCUUGGCUUCUAGUGCCAGCUUACUAGGGUGCAUCUUUGUCCCAAAAUGUUGUGUUAUUUUAGUUAGACCAGAUUCAAAUUUUAUACAGAAGUACAAAGAUAAAUUGCUUUAUUGA